GGAAAAAUAGUGCACAUUUAUCAAAACAUAGGGGUCUUGCAGAAAUUGACCGGUGAGAAAGCACCAAACCUCUCCUCCUCGCUAUAUUUCUUCCGCCGAGAUUCUGGGUAUCCGCCAACCAGUGUACCCAAAAUCCCUGCCCACCAAUCAAUCGAAGAACAAAAGGAGAAAAUCACCUUCUUUUUGUUUCAUCUGGAAAAAGAAGAAGAAAAGAACAAGAAACAAUCGAACCUUUCUGCAAUUCUGCAUUUCUGUGCCGAGGGUUUAAUCAUCAAGAAAGACCAUCUUCUCGGUCUCCCUCCGAGUCAAUCCUACUAGAAAAUUCACCCUCUUGAAGAUGACAAUUCAAAAUGUUAAACAGACUAAAGAGAGGAAUCUGAGGAAGAGCAAUGGAUAUGGGGUUAAUGAGAAGUCGCCCUUGUUGCCUAGCAAGCACAACGAAGGUGGUGGAUUUGACGAGUUUAACGGGGCUUCUUUCAGCGGAGCCGUGUUUAAUUUGUCAACCACAAUUGUAGGCGCCGGAAUCAUGGCAUUGCCAGCAACUAUGAAAGUGUUGGGCCUUUUAUUGGGGAUUGCUGUGAUCAUAAUUAUGGCUUUCCUAACAGAAGCUUCAAUUGAGUUUUUAAUCAGGUUUAGUAGGACCGCUAAAUCAACUUCUUAUGGAGCUGUUAUGGGGGAUACCUUUGGGAAAUAUGGGAAAAUGAUGCUCCAAAUAUGUGUAAUGGUCAACAACAUUGGUGUUCUUGUUGUCUACAUGAUUAUCAUUGGUGAUGUGCUUUCUGGAACAACUGAAAGUGGAGUUCACCAUAACGGUGUUUUGGAAGGGUGGUUCGGGGUACAUUGGUGGAAUGGAAGAUUCUUUGUACUUUUGGUUACUACCCUCAGCAUAUUUGCACCAUUAGCUUGCUUAAAACGCAUAGAUUCAUUGAAAUUUACAUCUGCAUUGUCAGUUGCACUGGCAGUUGUGUUCCUUGUGGUGACUGUGGGAAUCACCGUUUACAAGAUAGUAAAUGGAACUGUUGUGAAGCCUAGAUUGCUUCCAGAUGUUUAUGAUCUGACUUCAUUCUUGAAGCUAUUCACUGUGGUUCCAGUCCUUGUCACUGCUUAUAUAUGCCAUUAUAAUGUUCACAGCAUUGACAAUGAACUUGAGGACAACACACAAAUAAAACCAGUGGUUAGGGCCGCACUCAUACUCUGCUCAAGCGUGUAUGUGCUGACAAGCAUCUUUGGGUUCCUCCUGUUUGGGGACGCAACUCUGGACGAUGUUCUUGCAAACUUUGAUACAGAUCUUGGGAUGCCAUUCGGUUCUCUUUUCAACGAUGUGGUUCGCGUCAGCUAUGCUGCCCACCUGAUGCUAGUCUUCCCAAUCGUGUUCUAUCCCUUGAGACUCAACUUGGAUGGUCUGCUCUUUCCAUCUUCUAGGCCUUUGGUGCUUGACAAUGUGAGGUUUGGAUUGAUCAGCGCUGGGCUUAUAUCUGUCAUCUUCCUUGGCGCGAAUUUCAUUCCCAGCAUUUGGGAUGCUUUCCAAUUCACGGGCGCAACGGCUGCUGUUUGUGUUGGCUUCAUAUUUCCUGCUGCCGUUACUCUUAGGGACCGGUAUGGCAUAUCAUCAAAAAAGGACAAGACGUUGUGUACCGUUAUGAUAGUCAUUGCCGUGCUAUCAAAUCUGAUUGCUAUAUACAGCGAUGCGUAUGCCUUGCUUAAGAAGAGCGCACCGUUGCGCGUAUGAUUUCUCAUGUUGUCACUUGGUGGCUUUGUCAUCGUACACAUGAUUUUUAUGAUGUACUCCGUUAUAUAGAUAUAGGGAAAGUGGCAUUUUUUAUUGGAGUUGAGUUUGAAAUAAAGGUGUGAAUAUGUAUGUAGAGUUUGCUUUGUAUAGACCCGGCCGGGCACUACUAUUGCCUUCACGGUAUAUCUGUUUGUACCAUUUUUUUCAUAGGAGGGACCGCCUUAGUCUUAGCGCAACGGUUCAAGGGUUUUCAUGGGACUCUGAGGUCACGAGUUCGAACAGCCUCAUAUGAGGUCAGAUUUUCUUAUAUCUCACACUCCUCGGGCCCUACUUUUGUGUGAUUAAACUGGGUUGUUGUUGUUUGGACACCUUUAUGGUGUGCGAUGCGUGCUCAUCAGGAUGCUUUGUGAACUGGGAUGUUCUCUUUUUUGCUUUGUUUUUGUUCAAAUGUAUCGUGAGUUGUAUAAACGAACGAAUGGUUGCCAUGGAUGUUCAUGGCUUCUCUUCCAAUGUCUACAUAUGUUCUUGGUAUGGCUUGCUCUUUGG